CAUACAUGCGCGAGCUAUGCAUACACACUAGCUACUGGAGUACCGCAGUACUGGUCACACUUGGUGGCCAGCCAAAGCAAACCUGCACCGGCUAGCUAGGUCAACCGCCGGCAGAUCGACCGGGAAGAGGACAUGGACAUUGGUACUCAGACAUCCCCGACCCCAAGGAUCUGUAUAGCAGGUCUUGUUGGCCAAUCAGCUACUGGUAAAUCAACGUUGUUGGAGACUCUUCUGGGUAAUGAGCCUUAUGGUCGCAUGGAGCCGACCCUGCGUUUGAAAUGUGCCUAUGCCAAAAUCUACAAUUGUAGCUCAAGUCAUGCAGAGUGCUACAGAUCAUGCAGCAGAAUUGUGGACAUUGCGGAGCAUCAAUGUGAUACACCUGGACACGAAUUGAACCCCGUGAGUGUUCAGAAGCAUGUCUCGUUCGUGGACUGCCCGGGAAACAUGUUGUACGUGAGUACAAUGCUAGCUGGCAUAAUGAUGACCGAUGGAGUGUUAGUUCUGUCAAAACCGUCAGUCGAUUUCUACUUAGCACCUACAUGUGCGGUUCUUGCUGCUGCUAGCAUAAUGGGGAAGAGCAUUGUUGUGCUUCAAAACUGCACGGAAGAGGAAAGUGCAAAUAAGACCAAAAUUAAGGAAAGCUUGAGACAAAUCCAGCAAUUUACUAGACUUAUUGUCUCUAUAGAGGUUCCGAUUGUCAGGCUUUCUGUAAGGGACAAAACCAGCAGCAAAAUUGCAGAACUUUGCAGCCGGAUCAACAACAUGUCCACUCCAGAACAAGAUGUCACCUCUCCAGCUCUGAUGAUUAUCGCGAAUAGUACUUGUGACCCGGAGGGUUCGGAAAACAGUGAUGAAACAUUACUAGUCACAAUUCAUGGGCGAGUUAUGCAGGGAGUUAUUUCACCAAACCAAGAAACUGAGGUUCGCCCAGGGAUCGUGAAGGUGGGCGAGGAUGGGAAAGCCGUGAGCUGCCCUAUAAUCCUCAAGGUCGUAGCGAUCAUGGAGGACGCUGCAGUGUCUGGACAGGUUGUGGCGUUGAGAGCAGCUGCAAAUAUCAGGAAUGAUGAUCAGCUCAAGUCUGUGAUCAAAGGCGGCUUGGGUGGACACGUGCUUGGACAAGUUGGUUCGCUGCCUGCUGUAUAUAGCGCACUCAAGGUAAAAUUUUCACUUGUUCGCAAGAUGUUCAAUCCGUACAGCGAAGAACUGGAGAAAGUGGAAGCCAUCGAGAAAGAUCAGGAUCUACUGCUCACAAUUGGAGCUAUGUCAACGCAUGGUAAGGUGCACAGCAUCACGGAGGACAUGAUGGUAGUCUCGGCUCUUACGCCACCCAGCUGUGCGAGGAAAGAAGAGCGCAUCUUCAUCAGCCGGAAACAAGAACUGGCCUGGAAUCUUAUUGGUCAUGGAGAAAUCAUAGGGGGCAAAUCAGUAGCAGUUGUUGAGCGAUCCUUCCCUGCAGAUUAAUCUGAUAUUGGAGUACUGCUGCUGGAGUACUACUACUAGGGAAUCAACUCGAUGCAUGCGUGCAUAUCGACUCUGUUCCGGCCGGCCAGCCGGAAGAUUCAUCGUCGAGACCAACUGCACACGCGUACACAAGCUUACUAGCUUGCGGCCGUGCACCGCCCAUGCAUAAGUAACUAGUGUUUUAUCCAUCAUCUAGCUUAUAAACUCCAUUAAUUUGGUUUAUCUUAUGUAAGUGGAGAACCGUGCUAUUUUGUAUUCUGUUGUGCGUGCGCACGAGCGAACGUGAACUUGUAACCAACUUUAUUUAAUCGCUUAUCGACUGCAUGCUCAAAGCCCAUUUGUUGUACUGUUUGGAUAAGACAGCUAUUUCUACCAAAGCAUAGAUGUUCACCUACAGUCUUGGAAUUCCGGACAGAACUAAAAUCUCAAACAUAUUACCUAUCAAGUCCAGAUCUUCUUACAUAAACUUCCAUAAUACAGACAUAAAUAGCUAAAGUUCCUCACAUUUAUCCAAAGCAAAAGAUCAAAAGGCAUGACAGAACAUAAAUAGCUUGAUGAAAAUUAAUUUGACAGACAUAAAUGUUGGAACAAACACAUGUAAUUAUUAAAUUAGACUAAAUUGUUUGGCUAUUCAUCAAAAUUAUACAAGGCGUAUACAGGAGAAUACAUUGAUUCAAUCUCAGAUAUGAAAUCAGAGAUAUAAACAUAAAGCCUCAAAAGACACACAUAUAAUCUAGGCUUCUCAUACAUACAAAGAUACAUUUAUUUAUGAUGAGUAAUACGACUCAUGAUUAUGACUAACUCGACAUAAAAAUAAUACUCAAGAUGCUCACGACAGCCUACAACUUAUACAAAUUAAAUAGAGAUAUGAUUUCAUAAGAUCUACACAUUAUUAGAAUCACAUUGCUCGUCCGAACAGAGUAUUAAACAUCCUCAAGGAAGAACAUGAAGCAUGGUUCUCUGAACUAAAUUAAAAGAUAAAACAACAGCAACAACUAAUUCUCUGUCCUUCAGAGCAUAGCAUGACAAAAGAUAUAAAUCUACUAUGACUUGCUAACAGAGUGCACAUAAAUUGAUUCUCACUAAUUCUAGGAGGAGGAACACAACCUUGAACCAAAAUCACAUUAGCAAAUACGCAAGCUUGAUAAAGACAUCAAAUACAGUGUACUAGUUCAAGUUCUCACACAAUAAAAUUAUAUUUCAACAGAGAAUGGAUUUCUCACAAAUCGACAAGAAGAUGGCGUAGUUGUGGUGAAGCACGUCGUCGAUGUUGUCCCAGAGAGAAAUUACGCCCCCCACUUGGCCUCGGGUCCCUUGGCGCCUCCUCCCGGAGAUACGACACCACUUCUCCACCGGACGCGGCAAGACGUGCGGCAGACUGAGGCUUGGGAAGAUGCAGCAACAGCAGCCACAAGAGUAAUUUAAAUGGAGGGACUCGGAUCGAUUCUUCUUCUCCCGGAGAAGGGAAGGAGGAGGAGUAUUUAUAAACCUCCGUCGGCUCCUGAUUCAGCCGCGAAGGAAACGGUCGAGGCCAUGGUCCUCGUAGAGACGUU